AUGGCCGCUGUUUCGACGGCGAUAGGGCUGGCUGGCAGCAUGCAGACGUGGCCGUCCCAGACGCGAUGUCGUGCGUGUCUGCUGGCCGCCAUCCCUCGCUGCCAUCUGCUUGGAUGCAUGAAAUUGCGGAGACACCGUUCGGGCUUCGGGGGCGAGCCGGGGGGAGCCUGCUGCGACUGGAAGGCCGUCUGCUCCACACCGGCUGCCCAUUCACCCAAUGGCAGGGCCCAUCACGCCCAAGCAUCGUGUCGUGCCGAGUCGCAAUUGGCCUCCUGUGCUGGGCCCGACGGCAAGCUUUCCACGCUUCCCGAGUAUACGCCGUUACCUUUCCUCGAGCGUGCAUCGCAGCGUAUCAUUCCCACCGCAUACACCAUGAAGCGGCCCUUUUCCUUCAACCUGGCCCCCAUAAAGGUGCCCCCGAAGACGGAGAUCAAGGUCGUCAAGAGCUCCUAUUCAGUUCCCAAACCUCUGCCUAGACCGGACAGCUGCUCGCCCCCUCCCUCACCCUUCAUAUGCCGCCGCGCCUUGUCCGGCAAGACCGAGGCCCAGCUCCGCGCCGCCUGCGCCCUUGUUCUCGAGAACUACAAGCCUUCUGGACAUGUCUUCGAGGAUAACGCGAAGCCGAAGCUAGACUUUGACGGCCUAAACCGCUCCAUGAGGGAGAAGAGGAGGCAAGCUGAAGCGUUCUCCCGCGCCGUGGAUAAUAGCUCCCAUCUGAGGAGUCUACCCAAGCCCGAGAUUGUUGUGAAGGACCUGUAUUCUGGCGCAGGAACAACGCAGGCUGCUACCAAAGCUAACAGCAGUCGUCGAAGAGAGGAUCUCCACCCCCAUGCCAUGGACACCGAGCGAGCGGCGCGGAGAGCCGCAAAGUCUCAGCCAUCCUCAGAUCGCCCCAAGACCGCGCCGAUGCGCAACACUAUGGAUUCUGACGAUUCGUCAGAUCUACAAGUAAAGACCCCGCUUACAAGUUCCACGGGAUACUACAACAACAAUGCCUCAACUGCACCUACGUCAGCGGCUUUUUCAUCCUCACCCGGCUCAAAGAGGAACUCUCGGCACGCCUAUCCCAACGACAACGCUGUGGCUGACGCCGACGCUGUGGCUGACGCCGACGCUGCUGCUGCCGAGUGGAUGAAGCAGGAGCUUGAGAGGCGACGGCAAAACAUGCUGUCUCUGGGAGAACCCCCCUCUUUUAAUAGCGCCUUUAAUAGCACGGUUCGACCCCCAAGUCGAAGCAGGAGUAUCAAGGAGGAAUUUCGCGAGUACAUACGACCCCUAAGCAGAUCAGGUUCCAAAGGCUCGAUGCGCCAUAAUUCUUUAGUCGCUCAAGAGCCUCAGCGCAGCUCUGGCCACGGGUGGCGCAGUUGGUCUCUACAUCGAAAGACUAGUUUGUCCAGCUUCAAGGACAGCAGACCGAAUAGUUCAGGACGAACCGAAACCGGUACUGACGAGGUCCCCAAAGUGGAGCUCAAUCUCAACAGAGAAUUGCCCCCGCUUCCAAGUCUGGAUAAAUGGGAGGACCAUGCGGCCCAGUCCGCCAAGGACGAGCAGCAUGCUCAAGGAACCAGCACGCACAUCGCGAGCCUCAUGCUUCCCAAGGUUCGCGGCCAUCAACAACAUGACCAGCAUGCUACAGCCCCCCGCCAUAAACAUCGACGAAGUGGCUCGGACUCGCUAGCACAGACGUUUCCCAAGGACACUACGCUCUAUUCACCCGCUCAGAACGUCAAGAUGCCGAGGCCAAAAUCCAAUCUACCCAAGAAUCGGCCGAACCCAAGCAGGUACGACUCGUCAAUAACCUUUGAUAGCACGAUGGACCCCACGGAGCCCAGCCGACAGACUACCGAGGAGGCUAGAGUGAGGACGCAUCGACAUAAGAAGACCGCAAGUAGCGUCUCUCAGAUCACGCCCAGCAUGAAAGUCAGUAUUGACCAGUACCGCUACGAACCACCAAAUUUCAGCAGAAAGAUCAGCAUGGACGUUGCCGGCCGGCCCUACAACGAGCUCCCCCAUCCUGAUGAGAAGACGGCCCCCAAAUCGUCAGGCCACGACAAGAUGCAGAAGUUGCGGAAGGCUGUUAGCGGAUGGAUGCUUAAUAAAAAGAAAGACAGGAAGGAGAAUAGGACGGACACCUCGGAACAGACCAGCGUCAAGGGCAGCCUCACAGUUCGUAGUGAGGCCGCCCAUGCGCCGGUUGUGAAAUACUAGAACGGUAAUCGAUGGGGUGGGCAAAAGGUUGAUACCCUAUGUUGUAAUGCCUGUGAUGCGUUACGACUUGACGGCCUUGCAUUCCUCCCGACUUGCUCAGGAGUGUAGUUUGGUGAUGUAAUUAAUAGCAUAGAAUGCUUCUUCUUUCUACCUUUCGUCAGCGUGCUUCGGGAAGCGGGUUGUGCGCUGUAUUUUAUACACUAUUCAAUUGUAAUAGACCGAGCGACUUCGCUUUGGACAUCACAUGCUAAUAGAUUAUUCUUACU